GGAGGCAGUACCUGUGCAGUGUAGUACUCACCACCACGCGGUCCUGAGGGCUCCGCGACCAUACAUGGAGCAGCAACAGCACGACCCGAGGGCUUCUGAAGAAGGAUGGUGUUAUGCCAAUUUCGUUCGACACAGCCCAACCGCAGCACGCACCGUAGAGACUCUCCUUCGAUACUCCGGCUUCUUCGCACCGGCGCGCUUCGCCGACAGAGAUCUUUCCAUCGAGUCUGGCUAUGCGCUGUCUAGCCUUGCCGCCUUGGCGCACGACCAAAUCUUGCUACACGGACAAGGAGGAGGGCUUGUCCGUGGGGGACAGGACGGAGGGGCCGGCAACGAUGAUGGCCUUGACGGUGGCCAAGUACACGCCCUCGGCAUCACGCCGGGAUCAAGCAUCCGUCUCGAUCCCAAAAGCCGAGGGAAACGAUCGUCGACGGCCGUCGUCGCCCAACGCAUGCGCGUAGCCCUGGCCAUGAUCGCGAACGUGCAGAUCGUGGUGGAGAAGCUGGCCGCGCAGCACGGAGGCCCGCGAAGGAGACGACAGGCAAUCGUCUACCUGGAAACUCUCAAGGCCUUGGCCCGACUGCUGCUACUCGCGUGCACGAGGGAAAUGGUCAUGGGAGGAGGCUCGUACGUUUCGGGAGGGAAUCGGAGUACUCCGCCGCGCGGGAAUCGGAACAAAGCCGGCGCCUGGAGAGAGGUCGACCUCAACGGAGGCCGAUUAGAUCAAGCGCAAUCCUCUAAGUUUGCGGUCGACCGCCCCUCGUCGCCUCCCUGCCCCCACCCCGAGGUGUACACGGGAAAGCGGAGCGGCGUGAAGCUGAUCGUCCCACCGCGAGCGAGCGUGGUGUGGAGCGGGCGAGGGCGUUCCAACCGGUCGGGCGGGGUCAACAGGGUGGCGGCGACCGCUUCCUCCCCCUCCUGUGGCAGCUCUCGACGAAGCGCCGACGGAGCGUUUCAGAACGAUAUCAGCAGUAGUAGUAGUUUCCGGGGCUGCGCUAACGGUGGGCAGGGGAGUGGUACAGGCGGGUCGAUGGAAGCGGCCAGCGAUGAACCGUGCUUGUGGCGACAACGACGGGAUGCACAGGGAGGGCAGGCGUGGCUGAUGGCGGGAGAAGUGAUCCACAUCCUGCGACCGCUGGCGUACAGCUACGGCUGCGCGGCGACGGGAGAGCGGUCCUGGCGCCCGUGGCUGAUUUCUCUGGGGAUGGACGCUGCGGCCUUCGCUUUCACCGCGAAAGCAGGAGGCAGCAGCGGGGCGAUGGCCCUGCUGACGCCGAUCGGAGAGACGGGUAGCAGCGGCGUGCCGGUGCUGCCGUACUUGAACGAGGAGCAAGCGGCCGAGCUGAGGCGCCGUAAGAUGCUGUGGUUCCUGUACCUGAUGCGCUCGCCAGCGUUUGAGCUGCUGGCCGAGCCGGUCAGCAGAGGCGCCUCCGGUGUGUUUGAGGGGGUUCCGAUUUUGGGUAGCAUGGCGGGCUACGCGCUGAAUAUGCUGCUGUACGUUCAGCGGCAUCACUUCUAUACAUCAGCGUCUUAACCCUUGACUACUUCUGUUAUGCGGAAGAGUGUGAUUCAGAGUUCAGUGACGACUUUGUCGUCUAUUUGUCUGUCAUGUACAUAUGUUUCUUGUCUGUGUGGGCAGACAAUAUAGACUUGUGAUCAACCCGUGCAGGUGAAAAGCAUGUAUGUGACGCGUACGAACUACGAAGUAUGUUUUUGUAUCAUGUUUUCGCCAGACGAUUUUGAGGUCUUGUUUCCGGUGAGGGUAGGGUCAGGCAUGAUGUCGCGUGCAAGUGUUGCGCGCCACGUAAACAGAUAAACCUCUCGAACAUAGCACAGGAGUAUUGCCCUCGGUUCAAGCACGGGAGUACAGCCCUCGGUUCAUCGCCAGCCCGCUCUUGUUCUUUUCCCCGCGAGGCUUUUUCAUGUGUGUAGGCGAACCUCUCGCGCUGGAACGUUGCGAGAGAGAGCGAGAAAGGAGUUGGAAUUCAUCCACGAAAUGGCACGUUACUGCCGUGAGGUGCUGCUGCUAGACUCGCACUGACACGGAGUGAGAGGAGACCGAAGAAUGUAUAGUCGUGUAUGCAUGGAUAGAUCAAAUACAAUUUC